AUGGACAACUCUUGGCAAGGCGGCUUCUCGCAGCAGCAACUGUCUGCGUUCAACUCACAACUUGACGCUGGCCAGAGUAACGAGGACUGGGAGGCGUGGUUGAGAUGGGAUCCCGCCGGCGAGGCCUCUUCUCCUGGCGAUGGCACCUUCAACUCAGCGUCCUCCAAGAAUGACUCGCCUCUUCAAGACCCUCUAUUUGCAUCAUUCCACCAGACCAAUGAUGAACCACUGAAUCCACCUCUGAUUGUUGGCGACGAUGACCUUGCCUUUGGAGCUGGAAAUGGAAUGGCCAACGAGCCCUUCCUUUUUGGAGAUAUUGGCGAUAUCGGAAACGGAUUCAUCUUCGACCAGUCGACUGAUAUACACAACAUCCAGAGCAUACCAAAGCUAGACACGAAUACAGCUGCAUGGCCACUACUCUCCCAUGACGGACCGGACACAAGUCUUGAUCUGUCUGCCCUCAUCGAUGACCAGCCACAACAGCCAAUCUCGGCGUUGACAGCCACGACUCCUAGCUUGCACCACAGUCCAGAAUCUACAUCACGGCAGAGGACCAGCAUAGCAUCCACAACAUCGCCCGCUCCUGUGCCUGCGCCUGCAAAGAAGAAGGGUGGGCGAAAGAGGAAGGCCGAGACUCAGCUGCAACCACAGCCAGAAACGAGUCCACAGAAUGCGGAGGGUGGGUCUGGCGAGGAGGAGGGCGAAGAUGGCCCUAUCAAGAAGACAUCGCACAAUGUCAUUGAGAAACGGUACCGCAACAACUUGAACGACAAGAUCGUCGAGCUGCGCAACGCCGUGCCUGCCCUUCGUGCUGUUGGUCGCAACGGGGAAGAGGUCGAGAACUUGGAAGGCUUGACCCCGGCGCACAAGUUGAACAAAGCGACAGUCAUGGCAAAGGCGACAGAGUACAUUAGACAUCUGGAGAAGCGUAACAAGACCAUGUCCGACGAGAUGGACAUACUCAAAGCACAGUUGGCAAAGGUGGAGGCAACUAUCGGCAAGACCAAGGACAGGCAGGCCAGCUUCAGCAUGAGCAGUGCUAGCAGCCCGACGUCAAGCAGCUCUCGGUCGAGGGAAGCAUCAUCAGCAUCACAGGCUGGCACACCAAGCUUCUUGAACGUGCCGCAAGAUCAACAAAGCAGAUUCGGCCAAGCUGUGGUCCAACAACAGUACAUGCAGCAGCAAAGUCAGCCAUCAUAUGCUCGAGCUCCAAAUCCUCCUGUCGAUGCACAGAACCAGCCGCACGUUGUCAAGCGUCGUGGAGGCUUCAUGAACAAGGUCAUGCUUGGCACGAUGGCCGGUGUCAUGGCCAUGGAAGGCUUCACUGAACAUCAAGCCUCUUCCGAUCGAUCCAUGGCCGCACUACCUACAGCUCUGUUCAAGCGUGGGACUGGUGCAUCCCCUUCUUUGGCAGCUGGUCUGUCAAGACAGGCUAUGAUCCCUCUGUUGAAGAUGUUGCUUGUUGUGGGAGCACUUGUCUAUCUGCUGACACCUCUGCUCACAUUCUCAUCACGAAGAAAGCAGAAGAUGCGAGCAGCGACACAACUCCCGAAGGCACCCUCACUAGCAUCGCCUGUCGAAGUACGCCGUAAAGCUUGGGACACAGCCAUCCAGAGUGUCUGGGUGCCCAAGCACUUUCUGGUCGAGGUCGUCGCCGUUGGUUUGAAGAUGCUGUCACUCAGUGUCCGAAGACUCAUCGGCUCGGAAGCUUUCACUAACAUCACUGGCACAAGCAAAGAAGAAGAGGCUGCUCGUAUCAAAGCUUGGGACAUCGCCAUCGACGCCCAGCUGGCUGGUGGCGAUGCUCGAGUGUCUUACUAUCGACUACUGCUCACACUCAUGGAGAGUGGUACGCUACCCGACUCACCAGCGCGACUAGCACAGAAGGCCGUUCACUUCCGCGUGUUCUUCUGGGAGGUCGCCAACGCAGGUUACGGAAACAUGAUCGGCUUCAAGCAGUUCACCGAGAAGGUUGGAAAGUACUACUGGGAUUCAGCACGACGUCUUCAGAAGGAGCUUGUUCAUGCCAAAUUGCAAGGUCGACCUGGUGAUGAAGAUGAAGUCGAGACGCUGCCCGACCAUCUGGCCCAACUGGUGAAAUUAGAUUGCGACGAGGUUCUCAGCGACGAGAUGAUCCAGCGCGCGUGGAAUCUGGCAUGGAACAAGCCUAGUGCACAUGCAUUGGUGCCGAAUGCAGCGAGAGACAGCGUUGUUGAAGACCAUGCCAUCCGUUCGCCUCUCGAUGCCGUCGCUGCAUGGUACACGAACACGGUCAUCGAUGACACCCUCGCGGAUGCGCUCAGCGACACGAACUCUACCAUCGACACAGAGUAUCAUGUCGGUCUUGCUCUGAGCGUUGCGCCACCUGCCUCGAGCACACAUGUUCGUGCUCUCACAGCAAAGGCCGUGCUCUCCAACACGAAGCGCGAGGCAAACAUUAUCGUCGCUCUCGAAGCUCUGCCAGUCAUUUCACCUACGGGCGGUAUGAACCUCGUCAACCAUGCUCCAGCUUCGCCAGACGUCUGCACCGCCUUGACACUCGCCAAGCUCAUCUCGUUGUCCUCACCACAAUCCUCCCAAGCAGCGCGCGAACGAGCCUACACCGCGCUACGCGGCGUGCAGCCAGCACCCGGCGAGUUCACACCCCUCACCGUCAUCGCGACAUAUCGCCUUCUCCGCUCGCUCAGCGGUAGGAAGGAUCUUUCUCGCAACGCAGAGCGCGGUCUGGAAGAGCUUGCUGGCAACCUUCGCGUUUGGGUCGGCACUUCUGGUGGUAGAGAUAGUGGACUGGGGAACGAGGGACGGACUAAGCUGGUGAAGCUGUGUUUGCACAUUGCGAAGCAGCUUGGAGGAUGGGAUGAGGGGGACGAGAGGGAUAGUGGAUAUGGUUCUGCUGUGCAGAGUCAGAGCUCAUCGCCUGCUAGAGCUGUUGCCUCGCCCAGUAUGGUGGUGACGUAG